AAAUGAUUGAGAUUGUAGAAAAGGGUGUAACAAAUUUAGAAUUGAGCAAACAUUUAAUUAAGAGACUAAAUUAUACAUAAUGGAAAAGAAUUAACAGGUUUGAAUUUGCACAGAUAUUUUGAA